UUCUAAACGAUGCUAAUUUAAUGUCAACGUUACAUUCGUACAAAUCACGUGAUCCACAGUUUUUCUAUGAAUUUAUAACAACUAAACUGCAAAUACAAACCGAGGAAAGCAGCUUAAUAAAAAUUAAUGAGGGACAUUAUCAACACUCAUUUGAAAUGUUAUGUAAAAUUGGAUCAGGAGGUUUUGGCGAUGUGUUUAAGGUGAAAAAUAAAUCAAGCAAUGAAGAAUACGCUGUUAAAGUAAUUGAUUUCAUAGCGAAAGAAUUGAAUGAUAAACAUAAAAGAGAUGUUUAUAAAGAAGUGGAAUAUUUAAAGCGAAUUGACAACAAAUAUAUUGUCCAAUGUAUGGACGCGUGGAGGGAAAUGGAUGUCGUUUAUAUUCAGCUCGAGAUGUGUUCACAGAAUCUGACGAAUAUUCUGGAAAUCAAACCACAAGUCUUCAAACGAUUGCCAAAAGAACCCAUGAAUUCAUACGAAUAUAUCAUUUCGUGUGAAAUAUUUAGAGAGGUUUUAGAAUGCGUUCAGUAUUUACACGGAUUGUCAAUCAUUCACAGAGACCUCAAACCCGACAAUAUAUUAAUUUCUGAUAAUUCACUAAAAGGACGAUUUAUAAAGUUAUGUGAUUUCGGUUUAGUUACAAAACACGAUAAUAUUAUUCACAAUAAAACAGUCAAUAAACACACAGCAGGGGUGGGCACCGAUCCAUAUAUAGCGCUAGAAGUUAUAUUCGGUGAAAAAUACGACCACAAAUGCGAUAUUCAUAACCUAGCAGUUAUUGGUGGCGAUAUAUUCAGAAUAAAUGUGCUCACUGAUUUAGACAAUAACCAACAAUAUUCGUCCACAAACAGGCAACUAAAUGAGCCAGUAUCUCAGUUGAAACAAAUUUUGGAUCAAAUGCUGGUCAGGCGCUGGAAUGAAAGGCCGGAAUGUAGUGAAGUGUUGGCUAAAUAUAACGAGUGGUCUAUCGAUAAGAAUAUUCUCGCAAAUGAUUUGGAAUUUGAGUCCACACUAGAGAAAGUUCAUGCGAUUGAGACACAGAUAAGGGAAAGGGAUGAGAGGCGAGAAUCCAUGUUUCCCUCUAUACCUCCUAUUGGUUUACCU